UGUUCAAUAUUCAACACUUUCUUAAUUCAAUCUCAUUUUUGCUUUUUAUUUCACACCCAUCAAUUAUUGUCUCAAUCAUUAUUGGUCUCCAAAUUUGUUUCACUCUUCCCAGAACAUAAAUAUUUCAUCUUUCUCUUGUUUGAAUCUUCAUCUUUCUCUUUCAGUGACAUUGUAACAUUAGAUAUUUCUAGUUUUGUAGAGAAACCAUUCAAUCUGCUGUAAUAUAUGUCAUUUUCAGUAUAUAGGCUUUUCUUGAAUGGUAAGAAAAAGCUACAUUUCUAGUGUGAAUUGCUAUUUAGUUGGAGAGGUGUAGAGAACUUGGUUACUAUUAACUAUUAUUGUCUUUAGAUUAGGCCAUUUUUUUUGCAAUAGUUGUAGUUUGUUCUUGGUUAUUGGCUGAUUGUAUGAACCAUGACAUCAGUACUUUCUUUCCGGGUUUGUCCUAAUUUUCCCAGAAACUUAGAUUUCAAAUCCAGGUUUGGAGGUAGGAUUAUGUGUAAUUUAGAUGGUGAUAAUCCAAGAGCCUUAUAUCCAGGUAGUGUUAGUGUGAAUGGUGUUCCUGUUGCUAAGGAAAGUGAGAAAAUUGGGUCUUCAGUUGCUGGAGUAAAUGGGCAUGUAGGCGGCAUUGGUGGAGAGAAAGAUAGGGAUAAAAGAAAAGAUUCCGCGCAAUUAGAAGUACUAUGGGAUGAUGGGUUUGGGUCUGCAAGCAUGAAGGAUUAUCUUGAUAUUGCUAAAGACAUGACUAAGCCUGAUGGUGGACCACCUAGGUGGUUUUCCCCGGUAGAAUGUGGGCGUCCUUUGAAGGGUUCUCCUUUGCUUCUGUUUUUGCCUGGUAUGGAUGGUGUUGGGCUGGGUCUCAUUAUGCACCACAGAGCUCUCGGCAAGGUAUUUGAGGUUCAGUGUCUGCAUAUACCUGUUUAUGACAGGACACCUUUUGAAGUGCUGGUGGACAUUGUUGAAGAAGUAGUUCGGAAGGAGCAUGCUUCAUCUCCAAAUAAGCCUAUUUAUCUGGUCGGAGAUUCCCUUGGAGGAUGUCUGGCUCUUGCUGUUGCUGCUCGUAAUCCAAUGGUCGACUUGGUUUUAAUACUUGCUAAUCCUGCAACAUCACUGGAGAUGAGCCAGCUUAAACCAUUGUUUCCUAUUUUGGAGGCAUUGCCCGAUGAGCUUCACAACACGGUUCCAUAUCUCCUUAGUUUUGUAAUGGGUGAACCUGUGAAGAUGGCCAUGGUCAAUGUUGACCAGAAACUUCCUCCUAGUCGAAUGCUUAGACAGUUGUCUGAAAAUCUCACUGCUUUGCUGCCACGGCUGUCUGUCAUAUCUGAUAUCAUUCCUAAGGAUUCACUUGUUUGGAAGCUUAAGCUGCUCAAAUCAGCUGCUGCAUAUGCCAAUUCUCGACUGCAUGCUGUCAAAGCUGAAGUGCUUGUGCUUGCUAGCUUAAAGGAUAACAUGCUUCCUAGCGGUGAUGAAGCAAAAAGACUUUCUAGGAUGCUGAAGAAUUGUGAAGUUCGAACUUUCGUAGAGAAUGGGCAUGCACUUUUGCUGGAAGAUGGAAUCAAUCUACUCACUGUCAUCAGAGCCACUGGAAAGUAUCGUCGAUCAAGGAGGCUGGAUUAUGUCACUGACUUCUUGCCUCCAAGUCUUUCAGAGUUAAAAUUUGGAUUCGAUCAAAAUAGUGGAUUUUUCAGAUGGGUUCCAAAUUUUACCAGUCCUGUGAUGCUGUCAACUUUAGGAGAUGGAAAGAUAGUGCAAGGCCUCAGUGGGGUGCCCAGUGAGGGUCCUGUCAUACUAGUAGGUAAUCAUAUGCUGAUGGGUUUUGAGCUCCCUGGCCUUGUUGAAGCAUUUUUAAGGGAGAAGGAAAUUAUGGUUCGAGGUUUAGCUCAUCCAACGUUAUUUGCUCCAAGCUCCUCAAACAAUGAAUUGUCAUCUUUUGAUUACGCAAGACUAUUUGGUGCAGUACCUGUGACUGCUAGCAACUUCUUCAAAUUGUUUUCAACAAAGUCACACGUACUUCUUUAUCCUGGUGGAGCACGUGAGGCCCUACAUUACAAGGGUGAAGAAUACAAGUUAUUUUGGCCUGACCGACCUGAAUUUGUGCGGAUGGCUGCAAAAUUUAACGCCACAAUUGUACCUUUUGGAGUUGUCGGAGAAGAUGAUUUAGCAGAGUUGGUCCUUGACUAUGAUGACUUAAUGAGAAUCCCUGUGGUUAAUGAUGUUAUCCGAAAAAGUGUUGAUGAAGCUGUAAAAGUGAGAACUGCUGAUGAAGGGGAAGUUGGGAAUGAAAACCUCUUCCUUCCUGGACUUUUGCCGAAAAUACCCGGUCGCUUUUACUAUCUUUUUGGUAAGCCAAUUGAAACUCAAGGUAAAGAAGAGCUCCUGAGAGAUAGAAAGAGUGCAGAAGAAAUGUAUCUGCAGAUUAAAUCUGAAGUAGCGUCAAGUAUAGCUUAUUUACUUAAGAAGAGAGACGAGGAUCCUUACAGAAAUAUUAUUGAUAGAACCAUUUAUAGGUUGUUUUCUACUCCUGCACAAGAUGUGCCAUCCUUUUCCCCAGAAACAAAGAGGGAAGUAUAGGUACACAUAAUUUUGACUGUAUGAUAUGUAUACAUGUCUUGGUUCAAUAUUUCCUUAUAUUAUAAAAUUUAUAGCA